AUGUCCAACUCCCCCCGUCCCAAAUUCUUCGUCUACGCUCCAGACCAUACCGAAGAAGGCACUUUCGCAAAGCGGUUAUCCAUUCGGAAUGAACAUCUCGCUCGCAUGAAGACGAUCCUCGCAGCAGGGACCAUUCGUGUCGGUGGUGUACUUCUCUCCCCUGAAUCGCUGUCUGCGCCUCCAGAAGGCCAGAAGAUGAUCGGCUCCACUUUCAUAUGCGAAGCGGAAUCUCUGGACGAAGUGAAGAAAAUGGUUGAAGAAGAUAUCUACUACAAAGAGGGUGUGUGGGACAAGGAAAAGAUCGUUGUACUCCCAAUGAUGGCUGCUACCCCCAUUCCUUGA